AUAAUUAAAGACCAAAUAUAUUAUGAAAAACUUGAAUGAUAUAGUUUUAUUUCUUAACAUAUUGGAAGUUUGUACUGAUAUUGUGAAGUAUUUUACUCUGUGAAUUACCAGUUUAAAAGGGAACACAGCAAAGGAUAUAUCCAAGUUUUUCUAGUUUGUAAAUAUGCACGUACACGUAAUUAUCUUGAAGAUACUGUACAUUAAUCUCCCUGAAACGUUAUGUUAACUUUUAGUAAUUUACUAUGAGAUCUAUCAUAGAACCAAUAAAAGCAAACUAGUGUUCCUUAUAAUGGCGUUGUCCUGCUUUUCUUGGCUUCAGUUUAUCUCAUAUCUAGACCAUAUGCAUAUCAUCAUGAUCUAUUAUGUCUCCAGUAUAGAUAUGAUAUGAUUCUUUUUCUUAUUGUUAUCAGUCAGAUUGUAUUGAGUACGAAGAUACAAGAAAAUAUGAUAUAUCCAUUACGAACAAAUGAGCAGAGAUCUAAGAACUCAGUAAAUGUGGAGAAGAAUAUCAUUGAAAUGUCUGAAGCGUGUUUAAAAUCAAGGCAAAUGUAUGCAAGUUGCAACGGUAACUUCACCAUUCGUCAGCAAGGAGACCCAGAAGAAGGACAGAAAUCAACUGGAUUGCAUUUGCGUAGGUCAACACAAAAUCAUAUUGCCAGUUCAAAUUCACUGCAGCCAAGUAAAACAGCUCAAGCUAAGAUAUCUGAACUAAACUGUAUAACAUUUAAGGAGUCUGACUGUUACCUACAUAACCCAGCUCUCCAUCUUUAUGAUAAAUUUAACCUACAGUUCUCAUUUCAAACAUCACAAGAAUAUGGUCUAUUACUGUUCAAUUCAAAUAAACAAGGUGUUGACUUUUUAGCAUUUGAAUUAAUAGGAAGUUACCUGCACUUUUCAUUCGACAUGGGAAGUGGUAUUCAACGUUAUGCUUUGACUACACAUGCUGUUACUGAUUCUAAAUGGCAUCAUGUGGAAUUAACAAGAACGGAUCUUGAAAAUAAUACUCUCUAUUUGUAUGUUGAUCAAAAGAGAAGUACAGAACAAUUCAUGAAGAUACCAGUUGUUAAUGGUGAAAAUGUAAAAAAUUUCAAUGUAAAUGAUCCACUUUUUAUUGGAGGUAUAUCACAACAUAUUUUCUUAAAAUGGAGAGAAAAACUAAGCUCAUAUCAUGGAUUUCAGGGAUGUCUUAGUAAUUUCUCCAUAAAUGGAUUACCUUCGUAUGAUUUAUUGAAGAUGGCUAAAACAAAAUAUCCUGUAAACUGGACAAUUCCAAUUUGUCAAGAUCAAAUUAUUCCUGGAUGUUUUGAAAGACCUAAUGAUGUAUUAAACUGCAAUAAAAUUGGUCGUGAUCACAAGCAUGAAACAGAACACGAAUAUCAAAGUACUAAAUUACAACAUUUAAGACCAUAUUGUUUAAAUGAUGGAAUUUGUUUACAAUCGUGGAAAUCUGUAAAAUGUGCUUGUGAAUUGACUACAUUUGAAGGAGAUAGAUGCACAAGAGCUGGUACCACAUUUCAGUUCGGUAACAAUCAGAAUAUGCAAGCAGCUACCCAUUUAUUUGAUGAGAAAAAGGCAAUCAACAGUAAAAAUGAUGUAGGCUAUUUACGCAUAAUGUAUAAAGAUCGUGUAAGAAACACGAGACAAGAUGAAUUUAUACUUGGUAUUCAGACAUUUUCAUCAGAGGUUGACAAAGAAGAGCAACAUGAUCGUUUGACAUCCAUAUCAACUUUAUUAUUCAUUACAAGCUUAAACCAAGUGGGUGAUUUUGUUCACUUAUUUCUGGAGUCAGGAAUACUACGCCUGAAUUACGAUAUGGGAGGUGGUUUAGUCCAUAUCAGUGGACCUAAUUUUCCGAUAAAUGAUGGGUUCUAUCAUCGAAUACGAGGUUAUCGAGUUGAUUAUCAAAUUAUUCUUGAAGUGGACAACACAAGACAUACAUAUGAAUUGAACCGUGCCUAUGGAAGACGUUUCAACAAUCAGAAAGUGAUCUGGAUUGGACAUUCACCAAAGUUAAAUAAAACAAAUGGUUUUCGCGGUUAUAUGACAGGUGUCUACUACAACGGUUUAUUGCUAAAUGACUUAGCUGCAGGCUUAUCGUAUUUAUCAUUUAUUCAUGUGUCACGUUUUGGCAGUGUGGAAUAUGUACCUAAAUUUCAACCUCAUAUGACCAAAUCAUCUUCAGUCGAAAAUUCAGUGUCAAAAAAGUCAAACAAUUCUGACGUCUUUAGUACGAAAAAUGUCCCUGCUGAUAGUGCAAUGAACUAUGUGGAUCAAAAUGAAGACAGUAGCUUUAUAGCUACAGAAACAUUUCAAAAAAGUCGAUAGUUAUGCCUCCUGUCACUGAUUCUUCUACAGAAUAUUUAUCGACACUAGAAUAUCACACUUAUAACAAUAGUUUUAGAGGUACUUAUGAAUGUCCCGAUAUGCCUUAUUUAAAUGUAAGUCAUUUGGACAAAAAUAAUUGGAAAUUUUACAAGAAAAUCAGUGCAAUCUAUGGACAAGUAAAUGUAUGGCUGUUAUUCAGUCUUGCUGGUGCUGGAAUAGUCAUGGUCACCUCGCUUACAUUUCUAGCCUAUAGAUGUCAUCGUAACAGAUACAUUAGUUCACAAUGUUUUCAACCAAAGCAAAUCAAACUUAAUCAACAGUAUUUUAAUUAUCCGUUACAAAGCUUAAUCACUAAAAACCGCAAUUCAGUUGGUUCUUUAUUAAGUAUGGAUGAAAUUCGAUAUACUGUGAAAUCGAAUAAUUCAACAGAAUACCAAGAACCAAUAUCAUCAUUUAAGUCGGAUAUUAUAUCUCAGUCGCUGUAUAGUCAUUUACCGAAUAUCAGUGAAAAACAUUUGAUUCCAUCGAAUAUCAACACUUCUUUCCUUUUCGUUUCUGAACCCAUUAAUUUACCUAUCUCUUCACUGGCAAUAACAAGUGAUGGAUGUGUAAUACAUAAGAAUUUUUUAUCUCCAAGACACAAUUGUGAAGUUAAUAUGAAUGAAACAAUAUUAGAAAAUGAAAAACAUCUAGAAAUACCUCUGAGUGAUAGUGAAUUAAUCCUUAGUCAGUCAAAUGAUUUGACUAAUACUUUGAACGACUGCUACAUAAAAGCAAAUGUUAUGCAUUUAUCUGAUGAUAUAUGUAAUACUGAUCAAUUAAAUAUUAUUUCAGCAUUGCAACAUUCAUAAAUGAUAUGUAACUUCAGUGUAAAGUAAUACUACCAAGCAAGAAUUCAGAAUGUGUUCAUGUAAGCGAUGUACUUCAAAGAUGGAAACAAAUAUUGUAAUACCUUUGUUGUCAAAGUUCAACGCAUGCCAACUAAUCUUUAUAUAAUCAUACGAUGUAACCAUAAAAAAAAUACUCUUCAGCUCUGGAGAUACUAUAAAAAACCAUCUAGUUAUCUCAAUAAAUUCAAACUUAUUAUACAAUUUAUGAUAAAGAGUUCUAAGACAAAAAGGAACAUUUUGACGUCGAAAUGUAUCAGCUAUCAUAGGUAUUUCAACUGAUAUCUUUGAUAAAGCAUAUGAUACCUUUUUCUGCUAUCCUCUUAUUGAUAACAAAGAAAGGAUUUUUCAUACAAAUUUGGAUAAUGAUAUUAUCGAUGAAGUUAGUCUGCAAAUAGAAUGUCAUCAGUUUAAAGGUUUUAGUAAUAGUGAUCAGAAUCCCUCAAUGAAGCAAGAUGUUAGUUAAUAUAGCAGCAAGAAUUAGUGGGAUAUUGAACAAAUACAUACUCAAAAGAUUUAUGAAAAAUAAAAUGUACAUAAUUACUGAAAUUUUAAUGUAUCAUCAAAUUUCACUUACUUUGUAUAUUCAAAAUAUUUCAGUGAUAAUCUCUACAGUUCAUAUGAAGAUAAAAUACCUAGAGUUCUUCUUUUUUUUCUUCAUAUAUGUGAUAAAAUAAAUCUUGGUUAUCUAAUUACCAGUCAACAGAUCAUAGCAUCAGUAUCUAUAAAACACUUUACUUAAGAAUGAAAAAUAAUUGAAUUUCUUAAAAUUCAUUUUUUUUCUCGUAGAAUUCAAUAAAACAAAUUUCUGAUUAUUUGUUAAAUAUUCAAAUAAUUUUUUUUUCCAUUUUUAAACACUUUUCCUACAGAUAACUAGUACACAUGUCUUUCGAAUCACUGCUCACUAUCUUGAUAUAAUAUAACUUUGUUACUGUCAAUAGAAGAAAAAUAAAAUGGUCAUUUCUAUCUCAACUUAUUGUUAAAAGUCUGUGUAGACGACUUCUCAGACGAUAACUAUCUUCUAUAAUAAACUCUAGGCAGCAGAUGAUUUUCAUUAACUUGUAAUUAAAAAAAAAAUUAACAGUUUUAUCAAUGUAUUUUCUACUUAGCUUUAUUUAAAAUAAAAAUAUAUAAUUUAAUAAAAGCGUUAAA